ACUCUCAUUUACGGUUUACUGUAAAAGUAAACUUUAAAACGAAAAUGUAUUAUUUUAAAUUCAAUCCACAGUCCCAUCAAAGUCUGCUCGAGUAGGCUAAUCUUAACACACAGUGCAAAACGCCAUAGGCAGGCUAAUGAGACAAGUAUCAAUGUUGCUGAUUUAUAAUACUUCCAGUAAUUGAUAUUUGAACAAAACAUACUAUAACAAAUGUAGUUAGGCAACAUAACAAACCUCACUUCGUUAUCCUCUGCAAAAUAUGUAUUAUGUAUUUAUUAUAUUGUCCCCUGGUGGCCAAACUGCACACACUAGAACUGACACAAUGAAUUCAGGAGUGGAAUUAAGAUGCAGAAAUUGUUGAAUGCUUUACAUUCGUUUGAAAUACAGCAAUCCAGUGCUACGUCACGAUUCAUAUUUUGCAGAUCCAGUGCAUUGCACAUUAAAAAAGUCUUGUUUAUAUUGCCAAUAAUCCGGCAUAUGAGUUUUGUUUAUAAUGGAACCUCAAUAAAAUGGAAAUUGGAUCAAACAGACCGUCGGGACUGAACAGUGUGCUCAAAAAAAUUUAACAUUUGUCUCUUAAAAUGCCAUUCACACAGUCUCUUAGUUUGACAUUUGGGUAACCAUCUUCAGUGUGUCCAAUUGACAGGUAGCAGGUGUGAGAACAAAGGAGACAGAGGAGGAGGAGGAAGAAUAGAGGAGUGAUAGGUGGAAGGAGGAUGGGUGGAGUGAAGCCUGCAUUUAAGACGGACGGGCUCCUUUUUGUCCUGCACAUCGGGCGCUUUUUCCUCUUCUGGCUUUUGUGCACCUGAACCUCCGGCCAGUCCUCGCCCUCCAGUCAGCAUCAUGUCAUUGCCCAACUCCGAGAACGCCUCCACCUUGGAGAACGCCAUGCAGCUCAUGAUCCAGACCUUCCACAAGUAUUCCGGCAACGAGGGAGACAAAUACACGCUGAGCAAAGCCGAACUCAAAGAGAUGCUCACCACCGAACUGGGAAACUACCUCGGGAACCCCCAGGAUAAGGAAGCGGUGGAUAAGGUCAUGGGCGAGCUGGACUCCAACGGGGACGGAGAGGUGGAUUUCACCGAGUUCAUCUUCCUGGUGGGCGCUCUCACUGUGGCCUGCAACAAAUUUUUCCUGGAGUUCAACCAAAAGCCGGCGAAGGAGAAGUGAACGGCGUCCGUGUGCACUUUCUUCUCAGGGAAGAAAACACACACAUACAUACACACGACAUGUGACGUACUGUACAUGCGUGCGAGCGAUUUGAGUGACACGUGUUGUCCUUCAGUCUGCAAUGUCCCUUCAAAUUUAUGGUUACAUCCGAAAACGAAUAAACAUGA